GUUUCUAUGUGCAAUAUCAUAAACAAACUUUCGGGGCCACAUCAUGAUAGUGUUGAUGCUCAAACACGUGGAAUGAGUGUCAAAAGCAUUCGCUUCUUGUGCUCGUAUCCCGCCACCACUUUUUUUUCCUCAAAACUUUAUACGCGAUCCACAUGUCUCGUUUGGAAUUAUUAACACCUGAAGGUCUUCGGAUCGAUGGUCGACGUGCAAAUGAAUUACGUAGAAUUACAGCCAAGACAUCUGUAUUCAGUCAAGCAGACGGCUCGGCUUAUAUUGAGCAAGGCAAUACAAAGUGUUUAGCGGCUGUUUACGGUCCACGCGAGGCACGAUUCAGACAACAAAUACAAUCGGAUCAGGCGCUUCUCAACGUCGAGUUUAACGUCGCGCCAUUCAGUACGAGUGAACGCAAAAAACGAUCCAAGAACGACAAACGAUCAUUGGAAAUAGCCACCUUUAUCCGACAAACGUUCGAACCCGUUAUCCUUAGAAAACAAAUCCCAAGAUCGCAGAUUGAUAUCUAUCUACAAAUCUUUCAGCAUGAUGGCGGUAUAUUACAGUGCUGUAUCAAUGCUGCUACCAUGGCACUGAUAGAUGCAGGCAUCCCUAUGAUUGAUUACGUGUGUGCUUGUUCGGCUGGUUGCAUUGAUAAGAUUCCCGUGCUAGACUUGAAUAAUUUGGAAGAAUCGUCGGAUACACCUGAAUUAACUGUGUCAAUUUUACCACGGACCGGCAAGGUUAAUUUGGUUGAGAUGGAGUCCCGUCUUCAUAUCGAAAAAUUGGAAAGUGUUACUGAGUUGGCUACACAAGGCUGCAUGCAAGUUCACAAGGUGUUGGACAGUGUGAUUCGGGAAAACACCGAAUAUUUGAUGGAUCGACUGAAUGCGUAAAAUUGAAUUUGUAUAUAAUAUACUAUAUAUAAAAAUAUGUAUAAAAAGAUUGAAAGAAAACGAGAAAAAGUAACAACAAUUGAUGGAAGGUUGGGAAGAGAGGAAGACCCUUUAGAAAAUAAGCAAUAGGCAAAGGGAUGGUCAUUAACAAUCGAAUGUGAA